GUGUCAAGAUGUCACAGGAUGUCAGGUUGGAAUAUUUGGAAGAAGUAAGCUCCAUUAUCCUGAGGUUCAAGCCGGAUAAGUGGAGCAAGAUGCUGGCUGCAGAGGAGAACAUGGCCUUAUUCACAGAAUUCUUCGAGAAGCCUGAUGUCUUUGUCCUGGUGAUGACACUCAACCCCGCUGGCAUGAUCGUGCCCUGCCUGGGCUUCCCAGCCUCCCUCAAGUCCAAAGGCAUUUACUUUAUCAAGAAGGCGCCCGAGAAUAUCCGCAAGGACAACUACAAGGAGAGAUUGGCCUAUGGGGACCUAAGCCCUACGCCCGUGGACCAGCUGAUUGCCGUCGUGGAGGAGGUCCUGUAUUCCCUGUUAACCCAAAGUGAAAACAUGAGCGGCUGGCCUCGGGUGGUCUCAGAAGACAUCGCGAAACAAGCCCACAAGCUGAAGAAUGAGAUGUUUGUGAUGGGGGGCAAGAUCAAAGGGAAAACCCUGCUGCCCAUUCCAGAACACCUGGAGAGCUUGGACGGCACGUUGGAGUCCAUGGAGAGGUUGCCCCCUUCUCUGGACAACUCACUGCUGCAUGCCAUUGAGACCAUCAUCAUUGACUGGUCCCACCAGAUCAGGGACGUGCUGAGCAAGGACUCAGCCCAGCCACUGCUGGAGGGGCUGAACCCCUUACCUCGGGUGGAGUUUGAGUUCUGGGACGCCCGGCUGAUGAAUCUCAAGUGCAUCCAUGAGCAGCUCAACAGGCCCAAAGUCAAUAAAAUAGUUGAGAUCCUGGAAAAAGCCAAAAGUUGCUAUUGGCCGGCCCUGCAAAAUGUUUACAUGAACGUCACUGAGGGGCUGAAGGAAGCUGAGGACAUUGUUCUGUACCUGAAGCCUCUGCGCAUCUUGUUGGAGGAGAUGGAUCAAGCAGACUUCACGGUGCUCCCAACCUUUAUUGCCAAGGUGAUGUACACCAUUUGCUUUAUCUGGGCCACCUCAGAGCACUACAACACACCCUCCCGGAUCAUUGUCAUCCUGCAGGAGUUCUGCAACCAGGUCAUCGAGAUGACCCGAACCUUCCUGAGCCCAGACGAGGUGCUGAAGGGCCUGCAGGGGGAGAUUGAGGAGGUGCUGAGUGGCAUCUCACUGUCGGUGAGCGUGCUCAGGAGGCUCUACCACACCUAUGACUUCUGCUGUGCCAACAUGAACCUCUUCUUCAAGGAAGGCAAAGAGCCAGUCCCUUGGGAAUUUCCUUCAUCACUUGCAUUUUCCAGAAUUAAUUCCUUCUUCCAUCGUUUGCAAACCAUUGAGGAUCUUUAUAAAACAGCAAUUGAGUUUCUAAAGCUGGAGAAGAUUGAGCUUGGGGGAGUGAAGGGGAACAUCCUCGGAAGCCUGGUCACCCAGAUUUAUGAGGAAGUGUUUGAGCUAGUGAAGGUUUUUGCUGAAUGCAAAUAUGACCCCCUGGACCCAGGAGAUUUGAGUUUUGAUGAAGACUACGCUGAUUUUGAGACCAAAAUUCAGGAUUUGGACCGGAGGCUGGCCACAAUCUUUUGCCAAGGAUUUGAUGACUGCAAUUGUAUCGAGUCCUGUGCUAAGCUCCUGUACAUGUGUGGGGGCCUUUUGGAGCGACCCCUAAUCCUUGCUGAGGUGGUGCCCCGGUACUCAGUCAUGCUGGAGCUGUUUGAUGCUGAACUGGACAAUGCCAAGAUCUUGUAUGAUGCUCAGAUUGCAGCCUCGGAAAGUGGGACAAUCCCCCCUAUCCACAAAAACAUGUCCCCAGUAGCAGGACAGCUCAAAUGGAGUCUGGAGUUGCAGGAGAGGCUGGAGGCAUCCAUGAAGGAUCUGAAGACCAUUGACCAUCCGGUCAUGUCCAGUGUGGAGGCCAAUCUGGUCUACCAGAAAUACGACGAGAUGAUGGAGCUGCUAAGAAACUACCGUGAGAAUACCUACCAGCAGUGGGUGGCUCGGGUGGAUGAGGACUGCCACUUCAACCUGGGGCAGCCCCUGAUCCAGAGGGAUCCCACCACAGACCUCAUCCAAGUCAACUUUAGUAAAGCGUUGGUGGCUGUUCUGAGAGAAGUCAAGUACUUGAACUUUCAGCAACAAAAAGAAAUUCCAAUAAGUGCGGAGAGUUUGUUCUCACAGCAUGAAAUCUUCCGGAAGUUUGUGGGCAACUUGGAGCUCAUUGUUGGCUGGUAUAAUGAGAUUAAGACCACUCUGAUGGAUGAAGAAUUCCCACUAGUAAAGUCUGAAUUAGAAGCAAUUGAUGUCAAGUUACUGAGUGCUGAAACGACAUUGUUCUGGAAUGGUGAAGGUGUACUUGAAUAUAUUCAGGAGAUGAGAGAAAUUCUACAUAACUUGCAGAAUAGAAUACAAAAAGCAAAGCAAAACAUAGAUGCAAUUUCCCAAGCCAUGAAGGAUUGGUCAGCCAACCCAAUGUUUGAAAGGAAAGAUAACAAGAAAGAGGCCUUGCUGGACCUGGAAGGGCGGGCAAUCAAUCUCAGCAAACGAUAUACUGCAGUCAAGGAUGCUGGUGUGAAGAUCCAAGCCAUGGUUGCAGAAAACGCAGAACUCUUCAAAGCAGAUACCACAAGUCAUUCCUGGAAAGACUAUGUCAACUACAUUGACGGCAUGGUCUUGGAUGAGUUUGACAAUUUCAUCCGCAAGUCUCUGAAUUACCUAAUAGACAACAUGGCAACCGAUGGGAGUGUUGCACCACUAUUCGAGGUCCACAUGGAACUGGAAAACGAGGGCCUGGUUUACAACCCAUCCCUAGAGGUGGGCUCAGACCAUGGCUUACUGACACUGAUCGAAAGUCUGGUCAACGACAUCUACAACGUAGCCAGGCUCAUCCCCCGGCUGGCCAAGGGCCAACUCAACUACAAGGCAGACCUGGAAGACACACCAGACCUCAUAGAGAUGAGGGAGGAGGUCUCCAACCUGGUCAUCAGCGCCAUGAAGGAGGCUGAGGAGUACCAGGACUCCUUUGAGAGAUACUCCUACCUGUGGUUGGACGACCUCCAGGAAUUCAUGAAGAACUUCCUCAUCUAUGGGCGUGCAGUCUCCGCAGAGGACCUGGACACGCGGAUCGACGAGACUGUCCCCAAGACUCCACCCACCCUGGCUCAAUUCCAGCAGCAGAUUGACUCCUAUGAGAAGCUGUACGAGGAGGUGUCCAAGUGUGAGAACACCAAGGUGUUCAACGGCUGGCUGCAGAGUGACUGCCGUCCCUUCAAGCAGGCGUUGCUCAACACCAUUAAGCGCUGGAGCUUCAUGUUCAAGCGGCACUUGAGUGACCAUGUCACCAACAGCCUCAGUGACCUGGAAGCCUUCAUGAAGGUUGCCAGGCAGGGCCUGACAAAGCCCCUCAAGGAGGGUGAUUAUGAUGGCCUCGUGGAGGUGAUGGGGCACCUGAUGAAGGUCAAGGAGCGGCAGCAGGCCACCGACAACCUGUUCGAGCCCUUGAAGCAGACCAUCGAGCUGCUCAAGAGCUAUGGUGAGGAGAUGCCUGAGGAGAUACAUGUGAAGCUGCAGGAGCUGCCGGAGCAGUGGACAAACACCAAGAAACUGGCCAUCCAGGUGAAACAGAACGUGUCGCCCCUCCAGGCCAAUGAAGUCAGCAUCCUGAGGAGGAAGUGCCAGCAGUUUGAGCUGAAGCAGCACGAGUUCAGAGAGAAGUUCCGGCGGGAAGCCCCUUUCUCCUUCAGUGACCCUGAACCCUACAAGUCCCUGAAUAAGCAACAAAAGAGCAUCUCAGCUAUGGAGAACAUUAUGGAGGGUCUGAUCAAAUCGGGGAGCCUAUUUGAAGUCACUGUCCCAGAUUACAAGCAGUUAAAAGCUUGUCACAAGGAGGUUUGCUUGCUGAAGGAGCUCUGGGACAUGAUUGUCAUGGUAAACACCAGCAUUGAAGACUGGAAAACCACCAAGUGGAAAGACAUCAAUGUGGAGCAGAUGGACAUAGAUUGUAAGAAGUUUGCCAAAGACGUGCGGUCCCUAGACAAGGAGAUGAAGACCUGGGAUGCCUUCGUGGGACUAGACAACACUGUGAAGAACAUGAUCACAUCCCUGCGUGCUGUGAGUGAGCUGCAGAACCCUGCCAUCCGGGACCGCCACUGGCAGCAGCUCAUGCAGGCCACCCAGGUGAAAUUUGAAAUGUCCGAUGAGACCACGCUGGCGGAUUUGCUCCAGUUGAACCUGCACAAGUAUGAGGAUGAGGUUCGAAACAUCGUAGACAAGGCGGUGAAGGAAUCGGGGAUGGAAAAGGUACUGAAGGCCCUGGAUAGCACCUGGUCCACCAUGGUGUUUGAACAUGAGCCGCACCCACGCACGGGCAUCAUGAUGCUCAAGACGGAUGAGGUGCUGGUGGAGACACUAGAGGACAACCAGGUGCAGCUGCAGAACCUGAUGAUGUCCAAGUACCUGUCCCACUUCCUGAAGGAGGUGACGAGCUGGCAGCAGAAGCUGUCCACGGCAGACUCGGUCAUCUCCAUCUGGUUUGAGGUCCAGAGAACCUGGAGCCACCUGGAGAGCAUCUUCAUUGGUUCCGAGGAUAUCCGUGCCCAGCUGCCAGAGGACUCCAAGCUCUUUGACGGCAUUGACCAGGAGUUUAAGGCCUUAAUGGAAGAUGCGGUAAAGACUCCCAACGUGGUGGAGGCCACCAACAAACCUGGUCUCUAUGACAAACUUGAGAAUCUAAAGAAGAGCCUGGCAGUGUGUGAAAAGGCCUUGGCAGAAUAUCUAGAGACGAAAAGACUGGCAUUUCCAAGGUUCUACUUUGUCUCCUCGGCUGACCUCCUGGACAUUCUCUCCAAUGGAAACGACCCUGUGGAGGUGGGCCGCCACCUGUCCAAGCUCUUUGACAGCCUGUGUAAACUCAAGUUCCAACUCGAUGCCAAUGGGAAACCACUCAAAUUUGGCCUGGGCAUGUACAGCAAGGAGGACGAGUACGUGGAUUUUGAUCGAGAAUGUGACCUCUCAGGGCAGGUCGAGGUCUGGCUGAACCGAGUACUGGAUCGGAUGUGUGCCACGCUGCGCCAUGAGAUCCCAGAAGCUGUGGUGACAUAUGAGGAGAAGCCAAGGGAGCAGUGGAUCUUUGAUUAUCCAGCCCAGAUAGCACUCACGUGCACUCAGAUCUGGUGGACCACUGAGGUGGGCCUGGCCUUCGCCCGACUGGAAGAAGGGUACGAAAACGCCAUCAAAGACUACAACAAAAAGCAGAUCAGCCAGCUGAACUCGCUCAUCACCCUGCUCAUCGGGAACCUCAAUCCCGGCGACAGGAUGAAAAUCAUGACCAUCUGCACCAUCGACGUGCAUGCGAGAGACGUGGUGGCCAAGAUGAUCAUAGCGAAGGUGGAAAGUUCCCAGGCCUUCACCUGGCAGUCUCAGCUCCGGCAUCGUUGGGAUGAGGAGAAGAAGCACUGCUUUGCCAACAUCUGUGAUGCCCAGAUCCGGUAUUCCUACGAGUACCUGGGCAACACGCCUCGGCUGGUCAUCACACCCCUCACUGACAGGUGCUACAUAACCUUGACCCAGUCCCUCCACCUGAUCAUGGGUGGAGCCCCUGCUGGCCCUGCUGGGACAGGCAAGACAGAGACCACCAAGGACCUGGGCAGAGCCCUGGGCACCAUGGUGUAUGUGUUCAACUGUUCCGAGCAGAUGGACUACAAGUCCUGUGGGAACAUCUACAAGGGCCUGGCCCAGACAGGAGCCUGGGGCUGCUUUGAUGAAUUCAACCGCAUCUCCGUGGAAGUGCUAUCUGUGAUCGCUGUGCAGGUAAAAUGUGUCCAAGAUGCCAUUCGGGCCAAGAAAAAGACGUUUAGUUUCCUGGGUGAAAUGAUCAGCCUCAUCCCCACUGUUGGCAUCUUCAUCACCAUGAACCCUGGAUAUGCUGGGCGCACAGAAUUGCCAGAGAAUCUGAAGGCCUUGUUCAGGCCCUGUGCCAUGGUUGUCCCCGAUUUUGAGCUGAUCUGUGAGAUCAUGCUGGUGGCUGAGGGUUUCCUGGAAGCCCGUCUCCUGGCCAGGAAGUUCAUCACCCUCUACACGCUAUGCAAAGAGCUGCUCUCCAAGCAGGAUCAUUAUGACUGGGGCUUGCGAGCCAUAAAGUCUGUGCUGGUAGUGGCCGGCUCCCUGAAGAGGGGGGACCCCAGCCGGGCAGAGGACCAGGUGCUCAUGAGGGCACUGAGGGAUUUCAACAUCCCCAAGAUCGUGACGGAUGACCUGCCUGUGUUCAUGGGGCUGAUUGGGGACCUCUUCCCAGCCCUGGACGUGCCCCGAAAGCGAGACCUAAACUUUGAGAAGGUCAUCAAGCAGAGUGUGGUGGAGCUGAAGCUGCAGGCAGAGGACAGCUUUGUGCUGAAGGUGGUGCAGCUGGAGGAGCUGCUGCAAGUGCGCCACUCUGUGUUUGUCAUCGGGAACGCAGGCAGUGGCAAGUCCCAGGUCCUCAAGUCCCUCAACAAGACCUACCAGAACCUGAAGAGAAAGCCAGUGGCAGUGGACCUGGACCCCAAAGCCGUCACCUGUGACGAGCUCUUUGGCAUCAUCAACCCUGCAACCAGGGAGUGGAAAGAUGGUCUGUUCUCCACCAUAAUGAGGGACCUGGCCAACAUUACCCAUGACGGCCCCAAGUGGAUCGUUCUGGAUGGGGACAUAGACCCCAUGUGGAUCGAAUCUCUCAACACUGUCAUGGAUGACAACAAGGUCCUCACCCUGGCCAGUAACGAGCGGAUCCCACUGAAUCGUACCAUGAGGCUGGUGUUUGAGAUCAGUCACCUGAGGACUGCCACCCCGGCCACAGUUUCUAGAGCUGGCAUCCUCUACAUCAACCCUGCUGAUCUUGGGUGGAACCCGGUGGUGAGCAGCUGGAUUGAGAGGCGAAAGGUGCAGUCAGAAAAGGCCAACCUGAUGAUUCUCUUUGACAAAUACCUGCCCACGUGCCUGGACAAAGUGCGUGUGGGCUUCAAGAAGAUCACACCAGUACCCGAGAUCACAGUCAUCCAGAUGCUGCUGUACCUGCUGGAGUGCCUGCUCACAGAGAAGACAGCGCCGCCCGACUCCCCCAAGGAGCUGUACGAGCUCUACUUCGUGUUCGCCUGCUUCUGGGCCUUUGGUGGAGCCAUGUUUCAGGAUCAGCUGGUGGAUUACCGAGUGGAGUUCAGCAGAUGGUGGGUCAAUGAAUUUAAAACCAUCAAGUUCCCCUCCCAAGGAACCAUCUUUGACUACUACAUAGAUCCCGAAACCAAGAAGUUCCUGCCCUGGACGGACAGAGUACCCAGUUUUGAGCUGGACCCUGAUGUCCCUUUGCAGGCCUCUCUGGUGCACACCACGGAAACCAUCCGCAUCCGCUAUUUCAUGAACUUGCUCAUGGAGAAAUCGUGGCCAGUGAUGUUGGUGGGGAACGCUGGGACGGGCAAGUCGGUGCUGAUGGGGGACAAGCUGGAAAGCCUCAGCACUGAUGACUUCCUGGUGCAGGCCGUGCCCUUCAACUUCUACACCACCUCGGCCAUGCUGCAGGGGGUCUUGGAGAAGCCGCUGGAGAAGAAAUCAGGGCGCAACUAUGGGCCACCAGGCACCAAGAAGCUGAUCUACUUCAUCGACGACAUGAACAUGCCAGAGGUGGACAAGUACGGGACGGUGGCUCCCCACACCCUCAUCCGCCAGCACAUGGACCAUGGGCACUGGUAUGACAGGCAGAAGCUGACGCUAAAGGAUGUGCAUAACUGUCAAUAUGUGGCUUGUAUGAACCCCACUUCUGGAUCUUUCACCAUUGACCCCAGGCUUCAGCGCCAUUUCUGCGUGUUUGCUGUGAGUUUCCCAGGCCAGGAGGCCCUCACCACCAUCUACAACACCAUCCUGUCCCAGCACCUGGCCUAUCGCUCGGCCCCCAUAGUGGUCCAGAGGUUGAGCAACCAGCUGGUGGCCUCCGCUCUAGCUCUGCAUCAGAAAGUCACAGCAACAUUUCUUCCCACGGCCAUUAAGUUUCAUUAUGUCUUCAACCUCAGGGACCUCUCCAAUAUUUUCCAGGGCCUCUUGUUCUCUACCGCAGAGGUCCUGAAAACCCCACUUGACCUGGUCCGCCUCUGGCUGCAUGAGGCUGAGCGUGUAUAUGGUGACAAGAUGGUCGAUGAGAAAGACCAGGAUACUCUACGCAGAGUCACUAUAGCCUCCACCAAGAAGUUUUUUGAUGACCUGGGAGAAGAGCUUUUAUUUGCCAAGCCAAACAUCUUCUGCCACUUUGCUCAAGGGAUCGGUGAUCCCAAGUACCUCUCAGUAACCGAUGUGGCUCAGCUGAACAAGAUAUUAGUCGACGUCCUGGACAGCUACAAUGAAGUCAACGCAGUUAUGAACUUAGUGCUGUUUGAAGAUGCAGUGUCACACAUCUGCCGGAUUAACCGAAUCCUGGAGUCCCCCCGAGGGAACGCCCUCUUGGUGGGGGUGGGUGGCAGCGGUAAGCAGAGCCUCUCACGUCUGGCUGCCUACAUCAGUGCCCUAGACGUGUUUCAGGUCACUCUCAAGAAGGGCUAUGGAAUCCCAGACCUCAAGCUCGACCUGGCCGCCCAGUACAUUAAGUCAGCUGUCAAGAACGUCCCCUCGGUGUUCCUGAUGACCGACUCUCAGGUGGCCGAGGAGCAGUUUCUGGUGCUGAUCAAUGACCUCCUGGCCUCAGGGGAGAUUCCUGGGCUGUUCAUGGACGAUGAGGUGGAGAACAUUAUUUCCUCCAUGCGGCCACAAGUGAAGUCCCUUGGCAUGGCUGACACUCGGGAGACCUGCUGGAAAUUCUUCAUUGAGAAAGUGCGCAGGCAGCUAAAGGUCAUCCUGUGCUUCUCCCCUGUGGGCUCUGUCCUGCGUGUCCGUGCAAGAAAAUUCCCUGCUGUGGUCAACUGCACGGCCAUCAACUGGUUCCACGAGUGGCCGGAAGAUGCCCUGGUGUCGGUCAGUGCUCGAUUCCUGGAAGAAACACCAGGGAUUCCGUCAGAAGUCAAGUCCUCCAUCAGCUUCUUCAUGGCCUACGUGCACACCACCGUCAAUGAGAUGUCUAAGAUGUACUUGGCCACCGAGAGGCGCUUCAACUACACCACACCCAAAACCUUCCUGGAACAAAUCAAACUCUACCAGAACUUGCUGACCAAGAAGAGGAUGGAGCUAGUGGCCAAGAUCGAGAGGCUGGAAAACGGCCUGAUGAAGCUGCAGAGCACCGCGUCUCAGGUAGAUGAUUUAAAAGCCAAGCUGGCAAUUCAGGAGGCUGAGCUAAAGGUGAAAAAUGAGAAUGCAGACAAGCUGAUCCAAGUGGUGGGUGUGGAGACAGAGAAAGUCAGCAAGGAGAAGGCCAUUGCUGAUGAGGAGGAGAUCAAGGUGGAGGUCAUCAACAAGAACGUCACUGAGAAACAAAAGGCUUGUGAGACUGACCUGGCCAAGGCAGAGCCUGCCCUGUUGGCUGCACAGGAAGCGCUUGACACACUGAAUAAGAACAAUUUGACAGAGCUGAAGUCCUUCGGAUCCCCACCAGAUGCCGUGGUCAAUGUCACGGCUGCUGUCAUGAUUCUGACCGCACCUGGGGGCAAGAUCCCCAAAGACAAGAGCUGGAAGGCUGCAAAGAUCAUGAUGGGCAAGGUGGACACCUUCCUGGACUCCCUGAAGAAGUUUGACAAAGAACACAUCCCAGAGGCCUGCCUGAAAGCCUUCAAGCCCUACCAAGGCAACCCGACAUUUGACCCCGAAUUCAUCCGCUCCAAGUCCACAGCCGCUGCAGGGCUGUGCUCCUGGUGCAUCAAUAUUGUGCGUUUCUAUGAGGUCUACUGCGAUGUGGCCCCCAAGAGGCUGGCCCUGGAGGAAGCUAACGCAGAACUUGCCGAGGCCCAGGAGAAGCUCUCCCGGAUCAAAAACAAGAUUGCUGAACUCAAUGCCAACCUGAGCAACCUAACAUCUGCAUUUGAAAAAGCUACAGCUGAGAAGAUCAAGUGCCAACAGGAGGCCGAUGCCACCAACAGGGUGAUCUCGCUGGCUAACAGGCUAGUCGGAGGGCUGGCAUCAGAGAACGUCCGCUGGGCUGAGUCGGUGGAAAACUUCAAAAGCCAAGGAGUCACUCUGUGUGGAGAUGUCCUGCUGAUUUCUGCCUUUGUCUCCUAUGUGGGCUACUUUACCAAGAAAUACCGAAAUGAGCUGAUGGAAAAAUUUUGGGUCCCUUAUAUCAAUAAAUUAAAGGUCCCCAUCCCGAUCACGGCAGGCCUGGACCCCCUGACCCUGCUGACCGAUGACGCAGACAUCGCCACAUGGAACAACCAGGGCCUCCCCAGCGACCGCAUGUCCACGGAGAAUGCCACUAUCCUCUGCAACACAGAGCGCUGGCCCCUAAUCGUGGAUGCCCAGCUGCAGGGGAUCAAGUGGAUCAAGAACAAAUAUGGCAGUGAACUGAAAGCCAUCCGCCUGGGACAGAAAAGCUACCUGGACAUCAUCGAGCAGGCCAUCUCUGAAGGAGACAUCUUGCUCAUCGAGAACAUUGGUGAGACCGUGGACCCGGUGCUGGAUCCUCUGCUGGGCAGGAACACCAUUAAAAAGGGAAGAUUCAUCAAGAUCGGCGACAAGGAGGUGGAGUACCACCCUAGGUUCCGCCUAAUCCUGCACACCAAGUACUUCAACCCGCACUAUAAGCCCGAGAUGCAGGCGCAGUGCACCCUCAUCAACUUCCUGGUCACCAGGGAUGGGCUGGAAGACCAGCUCUUGGCUGCAGUGGUGGCCAAAGAGCGCCCGGACCUGGAGCAGCUGAAGGCCAACCUCACCAAGUCUCAAAAUGAAUUCAAGAUUGUUCUGAAGGAGCUGGAAGACUCAUUGCUGGCACGGCUGUCAGCUGCAUCAGGAAAUUUUCUGGGAGACACCGCCUUGGUGGAGAACUUGGAGACCACCAAGCACACAGCCAGCGAGAUUGAAGAGAAGGUGAAAGAGGCAAAAAUCACCGAAGUAAAAAUCAAUGAGGCAAGAGAAAACUACCGGCCGGCUGCUGAGAGGGCGUCCCUACUCUACUUCAUCCUGAAUGACCUCAACAAGAUCAACCCCAUCUACCAGUUCUCCCUCAAGGCCUUCAACGUGGUGUUUGAGAAAGCCAUCCAGAAGACAGCCCCCGCCGAUGAGGUCAAGCAGCGAGUGAUCAACCUGACCGACGAGAUCACCUACUCCGUCUACAUGUACACGGCUCGGGGUCUCUUCGAGCGAGACAAACUCAUUUUUCUGGCACAAAUGGCAUUUCAGGUCUUGUCCAUGAAGAAAGAGCUGAACCCUGUGGAGCUGGAUUUCCUCCUUCGGUUCCCGUUCAAGGCUGGGGUGGUGUCCCCAGUGGACUUCCUGCAGCACCAGGGCUGGGGAGGCAUCAAGGCCUUGGCAGAGAUGGAUGAGUUCAAAAACCUGGAUAACGACAUCGAAGGGUCUGCCAAGCGGUGGAAGAAGCUGGUGGAGUCAGAAGCCCCGGAAAAGGAAAUCUUCCCCAAAGAGUGGAAGAACAAGACAGCACUGCAGAAGCUCUGCAUGGUGAGGUGCAUGAGGCCCGACCGCAUGACCUAUGCCGUCAGGAACUUUGUGGAGGAGAAGAUGGGCAGUAAGUUUGUGGAGGGCCGCAGCGUGGAGUUCUCCAAAUCCUAUGAGGAGAGCAGCCCCUCCACGCCUAUCUUCUUCAUCCUCUCCCCGGGCGUCGACCCCUUGAAAGAUGUGGAGGCUCUGGGGAAGAAGCUGGGAUUCACCAUCGACAACGGGAAGCUCCACAAUGUGUCCCUGGGGCAGGGACAGGAAGUGGUGGCAGAGAAGGCUCUGGAUGUGGCCGCAGAGAAUGGACACUGGGUCAUUCUGCAGAACAUCCACCUGGUGGCGCGGUGGCUGAGCACCUUGGACAAAAAGGUGGAGCGGUACAGCAUGGGCAGCCACGAGGACUACCGUGUGUUCAUCAGCGCCGAGCCCGCACCCAGCCCCGACUCCCACAUCAUCCCGCAGGGCAUCCUGGAAAACGCCAUCAAGAUCACCAACGAGCCGCCCACAGGCAUGCAUGCCAACCUGCACAAGGCCCUGGACCUCUUCACCCAGGACACCCUGGAGAUGUGCACCAAGGAGAUUGAGUUCAAGUGCAUCCUCUUCUCCCUGUGCUACUUCCACGCCGUGGUGGCCGAGCGGCGCAAGUUCGGGCCGCAGGGCUGGAACAGGUCGUACCCCUUCAACAACGGGGACCUCACCAUCUCCAUCAACGUGCUCUACAACUACCUGGAGGCCAACACCAAGGUGCCCUGGGAUGACCUCCGCUACCUUUUUGGUGAAAUCAUGUAUGGCGGCCACAUCACGGACGACUGGGACCGCCGGCUCUGUCGCACAUACUUGGGGGAAUAUAUCCGGACAGAGAUGCUGGAGGGGGAAGUCCACCUGGCCCCGGGCUUCCAGACACCCCCUAACCUGGACUACAAGGGUUACCACGAAUACAUUGACGAGAACCUGCCCCCCGAGAGCCCGUAUCUGUAUGGCUUGCACCCCAACGCCGAGAUUGGCUUCCUGACGGUCACCUCAGAGAAGCUGUUCCGGACGGUCCUGGAAAUGCAGCCCAAGGAGACCAACUCGGGAGCGGGCACGGGAGUGUCUCGCGAGGAAAAGGUGAAGGCCGUGCUGGAGGAGAUCCUGGAGAAGAUCCCCGAGAUGUUCAAUAUGGCCGAGAUCAUGGCCAAAGCUGCUGAAAAGACCCCCUACGUGGUGGUGGCCUUUCAAGAAUGUGAGCGAAUGAACAUCCUGACCAACGAGAUGCGCCGCUCGCUGAAGGAGCUGAGCCUGGGGCUCAAGGGGGAGCUGACCAUCACGACUGACAUGGAAGACCUGUCCACGGCCCUCUUCUAUGACACUGUGCCCAACACCUGGGUGGCCAGGGCCUACCCCUCCAUGAUGGGCCUGGCAGCCUGGUAUGCCGACCUGCUGCUUCGAGUCAGGGAGCUAGAGGCCUGGACCACCGACUUUGCGCUGCCCACCACAGUGUGGCUGGCUGGCUUCUUCAACCCCCAGUCCUUCCUCACAGCCAUCAUGCAGUCCAUGGCCAGGAAGAACGAGUGGCCCCUGGACAAGAUGUGUCUGUCGGUGGAAGUGACCAAGAAGAACCGGGAGGACAUGACCGCACCCCCCAGAGAGGGGUCCUAUGUGUACGGGCUCUUCAUGGAAGGAGCUCGGUGGGACACGCAGACUGGAGUCAUCGCCGAGGCGAGGCUGAAGGAGCUGACGCCAGCCAUGCCUGUCAUCUUCAUCAAGGCCAUCCCUGUGGACCGGAUGGAGACCAAGAACAUAUAUGAGUGUCCUGUGUACAAGACGCGUAUCCGCGGCCCCACCUACGUCUGGACCUUUAACCUGAAGACCAAAGAGAAGGCAGCCAAGUGGAUCCUGGCAGGCGUGGCGCUGCUCCUCCAGGUCUAGCUGGGCCCUGGCCUCAUCCCAACCACACUGGAAGUUUACGACUAGAAACUUGGCCUUGCCAAGAUCACUUAUUUUUAUAGAAACUGAGUUGCCUUUUGCCCUCCUAAUACUGAGGCAUUUCAUAACUGGACUAGCCAGAGUGUGAAGGUUUAGGAGAAAGAGGUACGGACUGGAAUAAAAUCACACUCAG